AUGAGGAGCAUAUUGGAAGAGUCGAUGCUGGAAACGCGCAGCAUGCCUCUCGAAAAUCGACCGCGACUUCCCCGCAUUCCCCUUAGCAAGCGAAAUCCGGCUGUCGUGCGGGCUCCUAACCCAAUGCUGGUGACCUAUUUCGAAGCCAGCCGGGACCUUUGCGAGACGGGCUCAAUUCUUUUUGGCGCCGCACUGGCAGUAUGCCGUAUUAUUGGCGCCAAACUUCCCAUGGCUGGACGUGCUACUCAACAAAGUAGCGCCAUCCCAGCCUGGAUAAAAAGAAUCGAGGACCGUAUCGCAAACUGA